AUGCAAAGUCCUCUUCCACAAGUAAAGUUGAAGGCGCACAAUUUCGCUUAUUCAGAUCCAUGCAAUCUAUCAUCUCGUACUCAAUAUAAACAUGUUGUAUUUGAACGGCACGAUCGGGAAACACUUUCGGUUCAAGCCAAAACUCUAUUUAAUUCCCGAAUGAUUUUUGAAAGCGAUGCUGAACUAGAAUGGCUACUCGAAAAUGUACAUAGUACAAUGAUUUCAAUAAAAAUUAAUGAUGAUCCCUAUGAAAUCAACAGCAAUUAUGUUCUCAGUGACAGUCAGCGGUUUGUUCUUGUUCUUCAUGGUUUUGAUGAAACCGAGAGUUGGACAACCUGGACGAAAAUGAUUCAGCCACUGAGCCAACGAUACUCCUAUUCAGUUAUUUUUGUCGAUUUACCGGGUUUCGGUCGAUCAAGUGGACGUGAUUCAAAUCAAACGAGCUGGAAACGAAAUGGACCAGAGAUUAUCAUUGCUAUUCUAUCUAGUUUUCACAUUGAAAGCCCUGUCAACAUAUUGGCUACCUGUGGAGGAUCAGCUACAAUAGUGCGCACCAUCAAUCGAUAUCCUGCAUGGUUUCGUGAUCGUAAUCUUAUCUUUACAAAUUCUGUGAUAGGUGAUUUUGGUGAAUCAAAAGUCGGAGAUUUUGAAAAAAAUUUAACACAAUUUAACAUUCAUAUCAUCGUACAUUGGUUUCCUGAUGAAGAUCAUACCCAUCAUUGUGUGGCAUACAAACGGUGGAACAAGUUACGGCAGUCCGGAUUUCGCCAUGUACAACUCAUUGACUUUGAUCCUGUGAAACAAACAUCACAACUUGUCUACCCUGAAGUAAGAGUGCUGAAUAUUGGCCGUUGCUCAUUCAAACAUAAGGCAAUAGUGUAUCAACUCAGUGAAGAAUAUAUCCAGCAGAUUAUCAAUACUCUAUCAGCAGGAAACGACAGUUAA